AUGACUAGAUUAUCUGAGCCUAUCCAAUCGAGGUCGGCAGUUUCUGCUGCACCUUCGCAACAUGGUCAUGGUUCAGUAUUUCAAGCCAGUUUUUCAGCAGGGAGCACGGGACCUAAAGGAAAAUUUGGUAAGAAACGACGCCGUCCUAACCAAUGGCAUAGGAAAGCUCAGGCUUUAGCCGAGGGUUCUGCUACAAGUCAGACGUCUAAGGGAGAGGAGGGAGAGGUUGAAACCUCUGGUAAAAGGAAAGCUAUUGAUGAAGCUUUAGUAUCAUCAAAAGUUGCUAAGCGUGAUGCAAUGAAGGUGGUUCCAAAUGGGGAACCGCCGAAGCAAGCAAUUUCAGCGUGGAAGCGAAAUACUAACCAAAACUCUAAGGAACGUAUUUCACAGCUACGACAUCGGUUAGAAGAGGAAGGUGAGAAGCUAUAUCCGAAUUUUCAUUACAUGAAAACUCUACGGUGGGAUCUUGCAGCAGUCUAUAGAGAGGAGGAACUUUUCUGGAAACAACAAAGCAAGGAAAAGUGGUUAAGAGAGGGCCAUCAAAACACUCGUUUCUUCCAUGGGAGUGUACAAAGAAGGCGAGUGCAGAAUAGAAUAUUAUCACUUCUGGAUGUGAAUGGUAUUGAGCAGUUUUCUGAAGGAUCGAAGGGAGAAAUCGCUGUAGAAUAUUUUUGUGGUCUCUUCGCUAGAACAAAUCCUGAUAUGAUCGCAGAAUCUUUGAAUGGAUUAUUGCCAAGGGUUACAAACCAGAUGAAUGAUGAUCUCACACGGGAUGUGACGGCAGAGGAGAUCAGAUUGGCUGCUUUUAGCAUAAGGGGUGAUAGUACACCGGGAGCAGAUGGCAUGUCGAGGCAUUUCUAUCAACACUAUUGGGAUACGGUGGGGACACAGGUUGUUGAGGAGAUAGUCUCGAAGGUGAUGUGUAACAGACUUAAUCGUUUUCUUCCUGAGAUUGUCUCUGACAUCCAGGUAGCUUUUGUUUCUGGAAGACUCAUCUCUGACAACAUCUUGCUAGCCCAUGAAAUGGUUCAUGCAUUGAGGACAAAUCCUAAUUGUGAUUUAGAGUUUCUAGCCAUUAAAACGGAUAUGUCCAAAGCAUAUGACAGAGUGGAGUGGAGUUUCCUCGAGGAGCUGCUUUUAAGACUGGUACUGGUGAAUGGAGCUUCGUAUGGGUUCAUCAAACCAGAGAGAGUUCUUAGGCAGGGUGAUCCUCUGUCACCGUUCUUAUUUAUCUUGUGUGCGGAAGCACUUGUGCAUAUUAUGAACAGAGCAGAACUGGAGGGGAGACUUACUUGUUUGCGUUUAACCCCAUUUAUCCCAUCUAUUCAGCAUCUGCUUUUUGCCGAUGAUAGCUUGUUUCUAUGUCGAGCCACCUUUCAAGAAUGCUCUGAGUUCCUGGCGUGUCUUCAGCUGUAUGGGAGGACCUCAGGACAGGAAAUCAACUUUCAAAAGUCGACGAUUACAUUUGGGAAGAAGAUGGAUCCAUAUAUGAAGAGGAUAGUAGGCUUAUUUACGGGUAUUGAGCAAGAGGAAGGGACGAGCAAGUACCUGGGAUUACCUGAAUGCUUCAGCGGAUCUAAAAGGGCUCUCCUUAACUUUAUCACAGAUAGAUUGAAGUCAAGACUUGGUGGAUGGUAUGAGAAAACUUUAUCUUUGGGAGGGAAGGAGGUAUUGCUGAAGUCGGUAGCUAUUGCUCUACCAGUGUAUGCUAUGUCUUGUUUUAGGUUGACGAAACAUCAAUGUCACCUAAUCACAAGUACAAUGGCAAGCUUCUGGUGGAAAGAAAGUGAGGACAAACAUAAAAUGCAUUGGGUCUCGUGGGAGAAGUUAUGUGCUUCUAAGGAGAGUGGUGGCUUGGGAUUUAAAGAUAUUGGACGGUUUAAUCAAGCUCUCCUAGCUAAGCAGGCUUGGCGGUUGCUAGACUCUCCUACCUCUCUAUUAGCGCGAGUAUAUAAGGCAAAAUACUAUGCAGACACGUCUCUACUCAAAGCUACAAUUGGAUAUAGACCGUCCUAUGCUUGGAGAAGCAUCAUGUUUGGCCGAGAAUUGUUGGAAAAGGGUGUCAUGAAGUCUAUUGGGGAUGGUAAGAGUACCAAUAUUUGGUUAGACAGAUGGAUAUUUGAUGAAUCCCCACGGCGACCUUUCAACAGAGAAAUGCAGAUAGAUCUUAAUCUGAAGGUCUCUACACUUAUAACUUCAGAGGGAGGGUGGAACACCUGCAUUCUACACAGGUUAUUCCCACCAGAUGAUGUAAUUAAGAUACAACCGUUUCCCCCUGAGCUGAGCAUUAGUGAUAAGUAUGUGUGGGCAUAUACAACAGAUGGUAAGUAUUCGGUGAAGAGUGGCACUUGGCAGCUUAACUCUGAGAUAUCUAAUGGCAUACUUAUUCCUGAAGAGGUGCAAAUGGUGAAUGACAUCAAGGCAAAAAUUUGGAAAAUACCGACAAAACCAAAGAUUCGUUUAUUCCUUUGGCGAACCCUAUCUGGUGCUUUAGCCGUGGCAGAAUGCUUGAGACGACAUGGCAUACAGAUGAACCCUAUUUGUCAGGAAUGUCACAUUGAGGAAGAGACUAUUGCUCAUUUAAUGACUCGAGGAGACAUACCGGCAGACUAUAGGAAUGAUAUUCCUUGGAUUCUCUGGGAGAUUUGGAAAGCACAAAAUGGAUUAAUUUGGUCAGGAAGGAUGCAGGAUCCUGAUGUGUUGUUAGCUGGGGAAUUGGAGAAUGCUGCUGUGUGGUUACGGCAACGAACCAUGACAUUGCAAGACAACAUUGGAGACGAACAAAGAGGAUCGGGAAGAAUAGGACGGUGGUUUAAGCCUGCACCGGGAGUUUUAAAAUGCAAUAUCCAUUGUGCUUGGAUUAAUGAUAGGUAUUAUUGUGGUGGAGCCUGGAUUUUAUGGGAUGACGCAGGAAAUACCAAGUUUCAUGCUCGGGAUGCCUUUCCUCCAAGAGUGAAUAGGAUCUCUGCGGAACUAGGUUGCCUUUUAUGGUGCCUACAAAAUUUGUGUACUCUUCAGAUUAAUUCAUGCGAGGUGUGGAUGGAUUGUCAGGCUGCCUUAUCUGCCUUAGAGGACCCUUUGAGCUGGCCAAAAUAUCGAUCUCAGGUGAACAAGAUUGCAGGCGUAAUACAGGGAAUGGGAGUGGUACAGUUUAAACUUUCUUCACCGAAAGCUAACUCGCUGGCUAGGGACAUUUCUCAUAGUGUCACCAGAGAUGGAAGGCUCUCUUCUUAUUUGUCUUUGGGUGGCCCUUCGUGGCUGCAUGAUUGGAUUGAGGAAGAAAGAAGAGGAACUUGA